AGCCGGUAACAGGCUGUACAAUAGAUUCCCUCUUCCCGUGUUUUCGGUUUCGGGUUACCCACACCACCCCAGCAAGACUGGAAUAAUUUCAAACUGGGAGGAAUAUUGAACUUAAAUCCUUCUCUUCUCUUUGAUUAUUAUCAUCCUUCCUCUCAAUUUUGACAGCUUUAAAAGUAAAGCCAAAAAGAGCAAAUAGAACAUGAGUGUGAUCGACAUUCUUACGAGAGUAGACUCGAUCUGCAAAAAGUACGAAAAAUACGACGUCGAAAAGCACAAGGAUUCCAAUGUCUCCGGCGACGAUGCAUUUGCUCGCCUAUAUGGCGUCGUUGAGGCUGACAUCGAAGCCGCACUUGAGAAAGCGGAGGUUGCUUCAAAAGAGAAAAACAGGGCAUCUGCUGUUGCAUUGAAUGCUGAGAUUCGUCGAACUAAGGCUCGAUUGCUGGAAGAAGUUCCAAAGUUGCAGAGACUGGCCAUGAAAAGGGUUAAAGGGCUUUCAACAGAAGAGUUUGCUGCUCGUAAUGAUUUGGUUCUUGCAUUGCCUAAUAGGAUCCAAGCUAUACCGGACGGAACUGCAGCUGCUCCCAAACAAACUGGAGGUUGGUCAACGUCAGCUUCUCGUACUGAAAUCAAAAUUGAUUCAGAUGGGCGGUUUGACAAUGAAUACUUUCAACAAAGUGAAGAGUCCAGUCAAUUCAGACAAGAGUAUGAAAUGCGGAAAAUAAAGCAGGAUCAAGGUUUGGAUAUGAUUUCAGAAGGUCUUGAUACUUUGAAAAACAUGGCCCAUGAUAUGAAUGAGGAGUUCGAUAGACAAGUUCCCUUGAUGGAUGAAAUUGACACUAAGGUGGACCGAGCGACAGCUGAUCUUAAGAAUACUAAUGUUAGACUUAAAGAUACUGUUAACCAGCUGAGGUCCAGUCGCAAUUUCUGUAUUGACAUAAUUUUGUUGUGCAUAAUUCUGGGAAUUGCAGCCUAUUUAUACAAUGUGCUAAAGAAGUGAAAUGAUGCCAAAGGCUGCUUGUUCUGUUUCCCUCAUCAGGUGCCUGCAUUUUCUGGUAUCUUCUCGCGCUUGAGCAUUUACUGUGGUACUUGCCUUUUUUAUUUGGUUUCUCUGGUAAAUUCGGGAUCAGCUGCUCACAUUUUCUUUAAAUGUAUGUUUGUAGUCUAUAUGGUUCUAAAAGCCUGUUGAUAAUUACUUUGAUUCCUAUAGUUUAUUUUGUUUCCUAUGUUUAA